AAUUCAGAGGGAAGCGAAACGCUGGAGGUCCAAAUGUCUGUCACUUCGCCGCUUACGGCAGCCAUUCAACCCACUGUCCAAACUGUGAACUUAGGGAAGAUUGCCGAUCUGAUUUGCAGCAUAUCAGGUUUUCCCAAACAGAGCAUAUCCUGGCUAAAGGAUGGACAUCCUCUGCGCGCUGGUGCCCGAGUUCGAUUGCUUUCCAAAGAACAUAUGCGUAUUACCUCAAUAACUAAGGAAGACAAGGGUAUGUAUCAAUGCAUGGUGAAGAAUGACUUGGAAUCUGUACAGGCCACUGCCGAACUAAGACUGGGUGAAGUUGCACCCCAGCUUAUCUACAAAUUCAUUGAGCAGACCAUGCAGCCAGGACCGUCGGUCUCAUUGAAAUGCAGCGCAACUGGCAAUCCAACGCCGAAAAUUGUUUGGCAUUUGGACGGGUUUCCCUUGCCUAAUAAUGACCGACUUAUGAUAGGGCAAUAUGUUACCAUGUUCGGUGACGUCAUUAGUCACGUUAAUAUUUCUGCAGUCAAAUCGGAGGAUGGUGGCGACUACGAAUGCAAAGCAAUUUCUCGGGCAGGUGAAGCAUCACAUACCGCUCGACUGAAUAUUUAUGGUAUGCCCUAUGUGCGACCAAUGCCAAAGUUGUCUGCCGUUGCUGGAAAAUCAUUUUUUCUCAAAUGUCCUGUGGCAGGAUAUCCCAUCGAUAGCAUUACCAUAGAAAAAGAUGGCGUCAAACUACCCACGAACAUAUGACAGCGUGUCCAAAAUGGCACGUUGCUCAUUGAGAACGUCCAACGAACAGCCGACCAGGGUACAUACACAUGCAUCGCUCGCAACAAGCACAACUACACGUCAC